CAUCACUUCUCAUCCUUCCUUUGGAGUCCAUUCCGGCGUCAUGUGAAAGGGGUUCACGGUGGUGUCUCUCGCCCUAGACCGGACCCUCCUCUUUCCAGCUCACCCGUCAGUGCCGACGUCCUAGCCACGGUCGUCCCGGUGGGAAGUGUCCCUGUCCUCGCUGUCCCCGGUUCAUCCCGGUCGAAGGAUGAGCGAUCCGGGGAAGGGCAGCUCCGCCUCUGCCGCGGCCCCAGCUCCAGGGUCGGAUACUUACAAAGGCUGGCUUUUUAAAUGGACCAACUAUUUGAAAGGGUACCAGCGGAGAUGGUUUGUCCUCAGCAAUGGCCUGCUUUCAUAUUACAGGACGCAGGCAGAGAUGGCCCAUACUUGCCGAGGAACAAUCAACUUGGCCACGGCGCACAUCGACACAGAGGACGCCUGCAACAUUGUCCUGAGCAGUGGCGGCCGCACUUACCACCUCAAGGCUAGCACAGAAGUGGAGCGGCAGAGAUGGGUCACGGCACUGGAGCUGGCCAAAGCCAAAGCCAUCCGCAUGAUGAACGAUCAGUCUGAUGACUCGGGGGAGGAGGAGCCCACAUCCCAGUCGGACCGCAGCGAGCUCCAGGGCACCCUGAAGAUCCUGGUCAGCAAGCUCGAUGACCUCAGCACGUGUAAUGACCUGAUCGCCAAGCACGGGGCGGCCCUGCAGCGCUCGCUCAGUGAACUCGAGGGGCUGAAAGUGCCCGUGGAGGGGGGGGAGAAGAUCAAAGCAGUCAACGAGCGAGCCACCCUCUUCCGCAUCACUUCCAAUGCUAUGAUCAAUGCGUGUCGAGACUUCUUGGACCUCGCAGAGACUCACAGUCGGAGAUGGCAGCGCGCGCUGCAGUAUGAGCGGGAGCAGCGGACCCACCUAGAGGAGACCAUUGAGCAGCUAGCCAAGCAGCACAACAGCCUGGAGCGAGCGUGGAGAGAAGCCCCCACGCUGGUCUCCACCACACCCAGCGCCCCCACCGCCAACAAGGGAGGGAGUGAGAGGCUGCACAAAGAAGAGGCGAGUGAUGAAGAUGGGGAUACUGAGUACUUUGACGCCAUGGAGGAUUCCCCUGCAUUCAUCACAGUGACUGCCACAGAGAACACACAGCAGAGGCGAUCUCAGAGUAAUUUGAGUGGAGCGAGCGGAGGUCAGCCCAACGACUGGAACCAGGACAACAACAUGUCUCCAGGUCAUAAGGAUGUGUCUGCGAAGGAGCUGCAGCCCUGCAGACAGAGGAGGACUCGAGUCCCAGACAAGCCCAACUACUCCCUCAAUUUGUGGAGCAUCAUGAAGAACUGCAUCGGCAAGGAGCUCUCCAAAAUCCCCAUGCCUGUGAACUUCAACGAGCCUCUGUCCAUGCUGCAGCGUCUCUCCGAGGACCUGGAGUAUCACGAGCUUCUGGACAAGGCGGCGCGCUGCGACUCGUCCCUGGAGCAGAUGUGCCUCGUCGCUGCCUUCUCCGUGUCGUCCUACUCCACCACGAUCCACCGGACAGCAAAGCCCUUCAACCCCCUCCUGGGCGAGACCUACGAACUCGAUCGACGGGAGGAGUUCGGCUAUCGCUCGCUGUGUGAGCAGGUGAGCCAUCACCCCCCUGCUGCUGCUCAUCAUGUGAUUUCCCAACGAGGCUGGACCCUGUGGCAGGAAAUCACCAUCGCCAGCAAGUUCCGCGGCAAAUACCUCUCCAUAAUGCCUCUGGGUGCCAUUCACCUGCACUUCCACUCCAGCGGGAACCACUACGUGUGGAGAAAGGUCACCUCCACAGUUCACAACAUCAUUGUGGGCAAGCUGUGGAUCGACCAGUCGGGGGACAUUGAGAUUGUGAAUCAAAGAACCAAGGAGACCUGUCAGCUCAAGUUCUCUCCCUACAGUUAUUUCUCCAGGGACGUUCCACGGAAGGUUACAGGUGUAGUGGCAGACAGUGGGGGCCAGGCGCACUACGUCCUGUCCGGUACGUGGGAUGAUAAAAUUGAGAGUGCCAAGAUCCUUCAGAGCAGCCGGGGGGGCAGUGGCUCUGAGGGCAAACAGAAGACCGUCUAUCAGACACUGUCCCCCAAGCUGCUGUGGAAGAAAUACCCUUUACCGGACAAUGCGGAGAACAUGUACUUCUUCUCAGCGCUGGCACUGACCCUGAACGAGCAGGAGGACGCAGUGGGAGUCACCGACAGUCGCCUGAGGCCGGACCAGCGGCUGAUGGAAGACGGCCGGUGGGACGAGGCAAACUCAGAGAAACAGAGGCUGGAGGAGAAACAAAGGGCCGUGAGGAGGAGGAGGGAAGCGGACGCCUCAGACGCUCUGGAUGAAGAGUGUGAAUAUGACUCUGGAAAAGAAUACGAAGGCUACCAGCCGCUGUGGUUUCACCAGAGGAGGGACUCAGUCACCGGAGAGACAAACUUUGUGUACAAGGGAGGUUACUGGGAGGCAAAGGAAAGACAGGACUGGAGCAUGUGUUCUAACAUCUUCUAACCCAGGAGCUCACCUCUCCUAUCCUCAGCACACAGGGGAAACUCUGCCUCUGGUCCGUAGCUGGCUUAUGAGCACCAUGUGGACCUUUAGUGAGCAUGAGAAUACCUCCAAAUGUACACUGUUUUUACUACGGGGAAAAGAAGGGUUGUUCCCUGAAUCUGUGACACUAUGCUGAAGCAGCAGAGAGAUGCAGUUGGAGUGUUAACACCACGGAACAAAUGCACCUGCACUCUCCUGAAAUCAGGUGUUCCAUAAAUCUUACUCACAAUGUACUCUCCUGGGUUCAUCACAUUUAAGAGAUUUGACCAGAUAUCAAAGAAGCUCAAGAUAAUACAAUGUGUCCUGAUCCUCCGUUUCAUUCAGCACAAUUAAGAUUAUACCGGAAUAAAUAUUUAAUGACUUCCCUCUUUUUCUUCACAGGAUUGAUUGAAGUGCUCAUUAUUUGCCUCUUUUAGUUGUUUAGGAAAGAUGCUAAGACCGUCUAAACCUAUAAGUGUAUUAGAUAUUGGUAUCAAUUAUGCAGACACAAAGUGUUCAAACUUAAUUAAACAAGUCAGUGAAAAAUAUAUAGAUAAAAAAAAAAGGUAACCCAAGCAAGACCUUGUGAAGUAAUGCAAGCAUUUGUAUACACAGCUCUGUAAACCGAAUGAAGUGUUGUUUCAUCCUGCGAUCGUUAGUUGAGUGUUAUCAUUUAUAGCUAUGACAUUGUAGUAUUCCUUUUAAAAGUGGUUGUAAAACAGUCACUGAGAAAAGUGACAUUGUAAUACAGAUUUUGGAAAAGGAUAUUGUGAAAAACUGAAUACUUAAUCGCAAUUAACUCUGUCUGAAAUUAUUUAAAAGACGAUGUGUUAUUUAAAUGUAAUGGGUUACUUCACAACUGUACGGCUUUAUUACAUUUUGUAAUGUGAUUGUUUACUCCAUAAUGUCUUGUUUAUUAGAUGGUUAACACUUUGGGUCUCCAUAACCAACCGGUAAUAUUUGAUUAGGGUUGUCUGAAGUGAUGAAUAAUGCAGCACUGCGUAAAAAAUGAAUGUUUUCCUUACAGUCUGUAAACUAGUCAAAAAGACUCCAUGUAGAAAUGCUAAUUCCUUUCAUAUGACAUGCUUCACACAUCUUCGAUUUGCAUUUCUGAUUAACAAAGUCCCUGCAGCGGUGCAUCCUUUGUAACACAUCCAUACCGAACAUCCAUAUCACCUUAAUAUCUCCAUCAAAGAACUGAAUAAGCACUUACCACUGUGGUAGAUCAUAGGUACAUAUCUCUGUGUUGCUGAUGAGAACAUUCACUCUGUACUUUACCUUGUCCUCUGGUGCUCUCCCAUAGCAACACAUACCGUAUCCUUGGUGAACAUUUUCAGUGACUUAAUUCUCAGUGGUCGUUCAAACUACACACACCAAAGCACCGAGACUCCCGGUGAUCACCACACAGUGCAAACAGUGUGGUGAUCACUCUAGUGUGUGAGUGUGUGAGGCUCUACGCCAGGGGUGUCCAAACUACGGCCUGGGGGCCAAAUGCGGCCCGCGGACCAUUUUGAAUCGGCCCUCAGCAAAUUAAAAAAGUAUAAUGGAAUAUGGCCCACAAAUGAAACUUGUGCUUUUCUUAUAUUGUACUUAUAAAUGUAACAAUAUAUUACACCGUAGUAUUCAUGUGUUAAUAAGACCACCUUUCAAAUAAAUUCAGUCAAUUAAAGUUGGAAACAUUUUCUAACAUAUCUUAGUUGAUAAGAAAAAAGCCUAAUAACUUAUUUACAUAACAAGCUUGAAAUACACCCUUCCUAUUUCUCCUUAUUAUAAUCAAUCUGAGCUUCUGUUUGAAGGGAUGAGCUGCUAACACACACAAGUGACCUACAUUUGAUUGAUUUUGCUAACUUAUAACUGAACUAAUGGGGCAGUAUACCUCUAGUCUAGUGAGUGGCCCAGGUCUUGGUAUAUUUUUGUGUAUGUGGCCCUCGGUGAAAAAAGUUUGGACACCCCUGCUCUACGCCAGAACCAGAGACUGGAGCGGUUUCUCUGAGGCUCCAGAGGUCAGCUGAAACAAGGUCAAAGGUUAUAUAGGCAGGCAGGGCUGGUUCCUGUAGCCCCGACCUCAGGUGACUCUCCAGCGGCCGCUCCAGGCUCAACACAACUAACAUGUAGACCUCUCACUCAGUGUUUGUGGACACACUGAUCUGGGAUCGGCUCACUAAGUUACCCCUCAGUCUGUUGUCGUUAAUUGACUGAAGAAGGGAAAGUGUCCCCUGGCCCGUGCACUACACAUCUACGGAGAGUUUUGAAAACCAGUGAGUAUUUUUUUUCUAAUCAAUGUUAGGAAUGUAGAAUUCAAGGCUGGAGGUAUUGUAUCUACCGUCUGGUCUAUUUGUGUGGAUAUUUUGUGAUAAAAGAAUGAUAUUGUAAAAUGUAAUUAUACUAAUCUGAGAAUUGUGUUAUCUGUACAGUCUAGAAACACUUCGAUUGAAUGAGCCUGAUUUGCUGUAUUGUUAAUUUUGAAUCAGGAUUGAUGCUGCAAAGAUGGAUGUUAACUCAAUUUGGCUGCAGAUCUCUUAUUUUAUAUUUCAAAACUGUCUUAACAAACUGAAAAUAUUUUUUUAUAGAUUUGUUGAUACUAGCACAUUAGUACUUGUGGUUCAGUGGUUUCACAGAUUAACACAUGUGGCAGUUUCUCUGAUGUGCAGGCCAUACAGAUGUACAAAAUGCACUGGACAGACUGAAGACAUUAAUAUGGUGAAGGAGAUACAACAAUAUGGUCUGGUCAAAAUGUGACAUUUCCCAUUAGUUAAUGAUUUGAUAAUGAAUGAUUGAUUGCUUCUUUGCACGGAUGAUGCUUCUACUCAUUUACAUAAAAGGUUGUAUUGCACUUUUGUUUUAUGGACGAGCGCAGUUUGAUCAAUCCCUAAAUCUCUUGUUCAGAAAGACAUGCUUAGAGAAUAAUUCAACAUUUUGGAAAAACACUUGCUCAUUUGUUGUUGAAAGAUAGAUGUGAAGAUUGAUGCUACACGAGAAGGGUCAAACUUUGUAUCUAACAAAAAGGCAUAUUUUUCAAAAUGUCUAACUUCAAUAAAUACAGGUUCGGUUCUCCUCUAAUCUUUAUAUGUACACAGACUCAAACACCUAGUGUGUACAUAGACACAAUCUAUGUAUAGAGGCUGUGUACUCAAUAUCAAGGGUGUCACAUGUAAAGAUGAACACAAUUGGAGCAAGAUGUUUUAUGUGUUGCUAGCUUGAUAAUUGUACAGUCAAUUCUGUAUCAUCACACAUGACAUCACUGCUGGAUGGCGGUGAAGAAAAUGAAGAGUUAUUGUGUGAUUUUCUCUCUCAGCGAUCACUUUGAAGACUUUACUAGAGUUACUUAAAUAUAUUGUGUUUAGAGGAUUUUAUAAUUGAGAAUAAGUUAUAUUUUGAAUGAUAACAGAGAGCUCGUCUUAGGUUUUAAUCAGUGCAUUUCCAAAUAACGUGACCUCAGCGUUUGAUGGUGACUUGCCUAUAGUUGCCCUACUUAUAUCAUAGUGAUAACGCAGUGAUUAGAAGGUGUGAUCUGCCUCUUCAUCUUCCUUCCCUUUCUGGGACGUUUCUAAUAUAACCCCCCUCUCAUGGUUCUCACUAUAUCCAACAUGGUGAGAUUUCCUAGCUUUAUUUGUCAUGCUUUUCUUUCUCAUGGGUGCCAUUAUUCUUAUGUUGUGUUUUCAUACUGUUUGUAUGCGUAAUGAGUCGGAUUUGAGUGCCCAUGCGGCACACAUUUUCUCCUCAUUCGAUGCUGCUCAGUUUUAAGGCAGAAAUAAAGUACUGAUGGGGAAAUAUGUCUUGCCUUGUCUAAACCGAACCCUGCUUCUGCUCUGAUGGACUCAUAGCUCUGUGAGAUGGUUAUGUUAAUAGGACAAAAGUUAUGAGGCGCCACACAACAGCUUCCUGUUCUAGGAGGUCAAAGGUGAUUCACCUGCCUUGACAACUUGUCUUUCUCCCCAAAUACACGUGGUGUAUUCGGGUGUAACUGCAGAAUCAACUGAGGUUUUACUUCUUUUUUUUGAUUGUGUAUUUUCUCCCUUGAUUUGUACUUGUUAACAUUGUCUUUAAAUGACAGACACAAUAAUGAAAAAAGAAGAUAAUAAAGUGGUUAUUGUUGAAA